AUGUUGUCUAUAAUCCUUGCCGUUGUUCCCCUCCUCGUCUCCUUGCUGGGCCACUCUCUAGCAGCACCCCAUGCUGCCUGCUCUGCCAGUGGAUGCGCCCAGACGGUAACAGUGCGCGACGUCACAUACAAUCUGGCCGGAUCCCAUGUCAAUGGGACGUACGUGGACUGCGAGUAUAUUGCGACGCCGCACGAAGUGGUGAUUGAGUUCGCCUGCCUGUACGAUAACGGCUACAUCGUUUUCAAUCCGGACGUAUGUCCCAAAGAGCUAGCUGCUCAGCAGUGCAACUGA